UGAACGCAUCACGCCAGGAGCAACAGUGAGUGGAACAGGAGAAGAAGGAGGAGGAGGGAAAGUGAGAAGGAAACGGCAGGAGGAGGAAAAAAGAUCCGGAGAAAGUUUGGCAACAUCUUAAAAAAAACUCUUCUUUGGACUUCUCCUCGGUGGGGAAAUCAUCAAGCGGGCCGUGUCGUUGUGUAUGGGCCGUCGUCUGGCGGAUUAUUUUUGCGAUGAGGAGCGAGCCUGUGCUUUUUACUUCCAACGGGGCAAUGGAUGAGUUGGUGCAGGAGCUUCGCCUAUUUCUACAACUUCUAGAUCGGGAAUAUCUCAGCGCCGGUAUCCGAGAGAAGAAAACCCACCUCUCCAACAUCCUCAACAGAGUCAUCUCAGAGAAAGAGCUGUUAUGUAAGCCAGACAUCCACACUGGACUGCCAGCCCCACCUCAAAUGCCGCUGCCUGAAAUCCCUCAACCCUGGCUGCCUCCAAAUACCGGCCCACCGCCUUUGCCAAGCUCCUCUCUUCCAGAGGGUUAUUAUGAGGAAGCCGUCCCUUUAAGUCCAGGGAAAGCCCCAGAAUACAUCACAUCUAACUUUGAUUCCGACGCAAUGAGCAGCUCCUAUGAGUCAUACGAUGAGGAAGAGGAGGACGAAAAAGGUCUGAAGACACGCCACCAGUGGCCGUCUGAGGAGGCGUCCAUGGAUCUGGUGAAGGACGCCCGCAUCUGCGCAUUCCUACUGCGUAAGAAGCGUUUUGGACAGUGGUCUAAGCUCCUCUGCGUCAUUAAAGAUAAUAAACUUCUGUGUUAUAAAUCGUCAAAAGACCACACACCCCAGAUGGAGCUGACGCUGACGGGUUGCAGCAUCACCCAUGUCCCCAAAGACGGCAAGAAGAAGAGACACGAGCUAAGGAUUGUCCACCAGGCGGCGGAUGCACUGGUGCUGGCCGUCCAGAGUAAAGAACAGGCAGACCAGUGGCUUAAGAUCAUGAGAGAGCUGUGCGGAAGUGGGACGUCUGAACUGGAUCGCUCCGGAUCGCCUGUCUACAAGUCUGAGCUGGAAAAGAAAUUGUCAUCCGACAAGCCAAGCUCAGAUGGCGAAGCAACGCCCGAAAACGGACACAUGGACAAGGAUAACGGGAAAGGCAAGAAGAAUUCCAAGUCGGAUCAAAAGACCGGAACAGUUGGGAAGGGUGCCGGAAUUAAGAUCACUAAGAUCAUUGGUCUGGGCAAAAAGAAGCCUUCCAUGGAUGAGCAGACCUCGUCAGCGGAGGAAGACGUACCAUCAUGUGGAUACCUGAACGUGCUGUCCAAUAACCGGUGGCGGGAGCGUUGGUGCCGCCUCAAAGACAACCAGCUGCUCCUCCACAAGGACCAGGACGACCUGAAGAGCCACAUCGCCUCCUUGCCCCUGCGAGGCUGCGAGGUCAUCCCAGGCCUCGACCACAAACACCGCUUUGCUUUCCGCUUGCUCCGCAACGGACAGGAAGUAGCCGUACUAGAGGCAUCCUCGUCUGAAACUAUGGGUCGUUGGCUCGGGGUCCUAUUGGCUGAGACCGGCUCCACCACUGACCCGGCCACGUUGCAUUACGACUACAUCGACGUGGAGACCACCGCUAACGUCAUCCAGCUGGCCAAGCAGUCCCUAUGUUUCACCAGUAAGCGCGCCAUCUCCCCUAACCCGUACUUGGACAACCCAGUCAGCAGCUAUGCCUGUCCCAGCGGCACGGCUCUGCACUAUGAUGACGUGCCGAUCGACGGAAUGUCGUCCAGUCCCAGCACAGGAGAGUGCCUGCUACAAGAACCACUGUACGAGAACGCGGUCUCAAAAAGGCCCUCUUCUCUCGCCCAUUCUUCUUCUACCACCAAAACUGCUAUAAGUCACUACCAAACACCUGUUUCUAACGUCUCCUCUAAGAUUCUAACUCAUACUAAAAUGCAACCUGUUACUAAGCUGAAGGGGAAAAAAGGAACCACGUCCAACAGCUCAGCAUCCAAACAAAAGGCUGAUCCAAAAAAUCUGCAAAAGAAGAACGGACUUACCGACGUGAAUGGGACUGCAUCUCUAAAACGCAACACCUCAAGGACAGAGCAGGUCAAAUAUGGCAAAAAGCGCGUGGAGGCGGAUGCCAAGCGACUGCAGACCAAGGAAGAUGAAUUGAUGAAGAAGAAACAUGAGAUCCGGAACCAUCUGGCCAGUUUGAAGCAGGAGAGGAAGGACUUGCGUGAUACUCUUGAAGGGACGUCAGGGAAACGAUCGCAGGCUGCCAUGACGGCACGCCUGAAGAAGGUGGAGUUGGAGUGCAAGCAAAAGGAGGAAGAGAGAGUCAACCUGGAGCUGGAGCUCACAGAGGUCAAAGGCAGCCUGAAGAACGCCUUGAAUGGAGGAGUCACCCUAGGUCUCACCAUAGAACCAAAAACUAGCUCUUCUGCACUCCAGUCACCAGCAACAUCACGGCGAGCAUGCGAGUCGUCGCCUUUCUCCAGCUGCAGCGCCAGCGACACCGAGGUGUGCUUGCCCAUUAAUAGUGCUUCACUGCUCCGACGCCAACCUCUGGGCACCCAGAAGGCAUCGCCAGUCCGAGGUCACGUCCUGAGGAGGGCUAAGGAAUGGGAACAGAAGAGCGGAACAUAAAACACCUUCAGGUCAUUCUGUCUUUCUCUCAUGUUGAAAUUGUGUAUAUAUUUAUUUACAAUGUCCCAAUUAACCAAAAAAAAGACCAACACACUUUUUUUUUUUUACUGUUGAGCAUGUUUUUUUGUUUUUUUUUUGUGCCUUUGCUUUUGCUCCAGUCAACAGAAUCAAAUAUUUAUUUGUAAAAAACAAAAACAAGAAUAGCUUUGCUUUUAUUUAUGUUUAUAUAUAAUUUUUUAUUUAUAUAAGUAUAUAUAUUGAAUUUCUUUACAUUUAUUCAACCGAGUGUCAGACAUGUUAAUUAUUUUUAUUCUAAUUUCUUUCUGUUGUUUUACUGCUUACCUUAACAUUUGAUUUUCAAGGACUUGCAUUAUUUUAAAAGUGGCUUAAAUUAUUAGAACUAUUCGGAAAACAAAAUGAAAAUGAUUUCUCGUACACUUUUUUUUUUUUAGGAUUACAAGAAUUAACCACUGUUUUAAGGAUUUAGCUCAAUAAAUCUUACCUUGGAAACCGGACAACUGAAUUUAAAUAGCAUUUUUUAAAUUUUACGCUGGUCCAAAUGUUUUUUCAACUUACCGUAGCUGUAAUCGUGCCCAAUUUGUGCAGUCAAAAACAGGAUGCCAGUGAUGAAAUCUACAUUCCGAUCUUUUUGUUUUGGAUGAGUGUAUUUUCCUCGUAGCCAGCUGUAGCUAAUUUGCAUGACAUUUGGCCGUCACAUUUAAGAACAAAUUUACAUUUUGGCCUUUAAUUGUUUUGUUUUUUUUCACUUGUUUUUGCCUUUUUUACAAAACAGGCACUUCAGUGUUUGAGUGCUAUAUGGAUGGAAUGUGUGAUUAUUGGCUUUGCGACUUACAAAACCCAAAACCAGUGAAGUUGGCACAUUGUGUAAAUCGUAAAUAAAAACAGAAUACGAUAAUUUGCAAAUCCUUUUCAACAUAUAUUCAAUUGAAUAGACUGCAAAGACAAUAUAUUUAACAUUUGAACUGGAAAACUGAAUUUUUUGCAAAUAUUAGCUCAUUUGGAAUUUGAUGCCUGCAACAUGUUUCAAAAAAGCUGGCACAAGUAGCAAAAAAGACUGAGGAAGUUGAGGAAUGCUCAUCAAACAUUUAUUUGGAACAUCCCACAGGUGAACAGGCAAAUUGGGAACAGGUGGGUGCCACGAUUGGGUUUAAAAGCAGCUUCCAUGAAAUGCUCAGUCAUUCACAAACAAGGAUGGGGCGAGGGUCACCAGUUUAAGAACAACAUUUCUCAAUGAGCUAUUGCGAGGAAUUUAGGGAUUUCACCAUCUGAGGUUUGUAAUAUCAUCAAAAGGUUCAGAGAAUCUGGAGAAAUCACUGCACGUAACCUUGAAUGCCCGUGACCUUCGAUCCAUCAGGCGGUACUGCAUCAAAAACCGACAUCAGUGUGUAAAGGAUAUCACCACAUGGGCUCAGGAACACUUCAGAAAACCACUGUCAGUAACCACAGUUCGUCGCUACAUAUGUAAGUGCAAGUUAGAACUCUACUAUGCAAAGCGAAAGCCAUUUAUCAACAACAGCCAGAAACGCUGCCGGCUUCGCUGGGCCCGAGCUCAUCCAAGAUGGACUUAUGCAAAGUGUAAAAGUGUUCUGUGGUCUGACGAGUCCACAUUUCAAAUUGUUUUUGGAAAGUGUGGACGUCGUGUCCUCCGAAACAAAGAGGAAAAUAACCAUCUGGAUUGUUCUAAGCGCAAAGCCAGCGUCUGUGAUGGUAUGGGGGUGUAUUAGUGCCCAUGGCAUGGGUAACUUACACAUCUGUGAAGGCACCAUUAAUGCUGAAAGGUACAUACAGGUUUUGGAGCAACAUAUGUUGCCAUCCAAGCAACGUUACCAUGGUUAUCAUGCUUAUUUCAGCAAGACAAUGCCAAGCCACGUGUUACAACAGCUUGGCUUCGUAGUAAAAGAGUGCAGGUACUAGACUGGCCUGCCUGUAGUCCAGACCUGUCUCCCAUUGAAAAUGUGUGGCGCAUUAUGAACCCUAAAAUAGCACAACAGAGACUGUUUAACAUCUUAAGCUGUACAUCAAGCAAGAAUGGGAAAGAAUUCCACCUGAGAAGCUUAAAAAAUGUGUCUCCUCAGUUCCCAAACGUUUACUGAGUGUUGUUAAAAGGAAAGGCCAUGUAACACGGUGGUAAAAAUGCCCCUGUGCCAACUUUUUUGCAAUGUGUUGCUGCCAUUAAAUUCUUAGUUAAUGAUUAUUUGUAUUUUGUUUUUAUUUCGGAUUUACACAACGUGCCAACUUCACUGGUUUUUGGUUUUGUACAAUCUUUGAGGUUUAUUUAAUAGUGCCAAGAGCCUGAACUGACCAGGUAUAAUUAGCUAAUUGGUUUGGUAAAAAAAAACAAUAAAUUCCAGUUUUCUUCAAUUUUAAAAGAUAUACAGUACAGGCCAAAGGUUUGGACACACCUUCUCAUUCAAUGUGUUUUCUUUAUU